AUGAAUAAAAUCGACAAAGAAACAACAAAUGUCAUUCAACAGAUCAAACUUGAUAGUUUAAUAUUACAACAACACAAUAAUAAUAAUAAUAUCACGAGAUAUUAUUGCAAGAACAACAACAACAUUACAUCUAAUAAUGAAACAAAAAAGAUAAAAUAUAUAGAACCAGAUGAAGAAGAGGAAGAGGAGGAAGAAAUGUAUCGCAACAAGAAAAAGAAAAAGAAAUGGAGAGGACCUGUAGGUGGAGGAUAUGAAUCAUAUAAUUUGGAGUGGUAUCAUUUUAAGGGAUUUGAAAAGAUAAAGACAACGCCAACUGGAAUCGCAUCAUUGGAUUAUAAACUAUUAAUUGGUGGUCUUCCAUUCAAUCAUAUAACAGAGUUGUGUGGAGACAGUAGUACUGGAAAGAGUACAUUGUCACUGCGUUGGAUGUCAUUGCUACAGAAACAAGACAGUGAUGCUGCAACUCUUUUGAUAGACUCUGAAAAUAGUUUUACUUCAGACUGGGCAACCAAAUGCAAUGUGGAUUUGGAUCGUUGCUAUGUUGCUCACCCUAAAAACUCUGACGAUUGCUUUGAAAUUCUAUUCUCUUCAUUGGAAAAGAAACUAUUUAAAAUGAUCGUCGUCGAUAGUUUCUUUUCACUCAUUCCAAAUCCUAAAAUAUCCUCCAAAUAUUCUCUCUAUUCUGACGAUCCAAAAUAUACUUUAAACUUUGCAUUGACCUAUCUAAAAUCUUUAUUAAAAGAUUCUGGUUGUGUAUUGGUUAUUAUUAAUCAAUUAAGAUCAAAUAUUAUCAAACCGCCGAGCAGUACAAUCAAGAAAAUUAAAAUUAAAGAAAGAUUGGAAUUACCAACAAAUAAUCCUACCAUUGAUAAUCCUGAUAUUUCAUUUGCAAACUCUAUAAUAGAUGGAUUAACAGAUUUAAAGAUAGAGAUACAAAGAGACAGAUAUCUAUUUAGUAGCAAUGAUGACGAAGAAAUAUCAGGAAUUAGAACCAAUGUUUUAAUCAAAAAGAAUAGUUUACUCGCACAUUCUGAUAAAUCCAUUUCAACUUGUAAAUACCAUAAUCAAUUACUUGAAUUUCAAUCUUCUUUUGAUAUUGAUUACAUUGAUUCUAUAAAUGACGAUCAUGAGAUUAUAGAACUAUCGAAAACUUUAAAUUUAUUACCAUCAAUAACAGAACAACAACAACAACCAAACAAAUCUAUCCUUUUGGAUAGAAUAAAAAGUAUAAUUAAUUAA